UUGAGUUACGUUCAUUGAGAAUUUCAGACCCUCGGACACGUGUAAAAAACCCCCAGGAUCACUGUCAUUCGAUAAUUCCGCCGGAUCCACUGGGUAAUUACGGGUUAGGAUCAUGCCUACUGUCGGCGUCAAACGUGACUCGCUGUUCAAAGCCCUGGGAAAAACAUAUUCUGAUGAAGAGUUCCAGACAUUGUGUUUCGCCUUCGGGCUCGAGCUGGACGAAGUGACAACAGAGAAGCAGAUGAUUUCUAAGGAGCAGGGGGCAGAGCAAAGUGUUGGAGCUUCUGAAGAAAUCAUCUACAGGAUCGACAUUCCUGCGAACAGAUACGACCUUCUGUGUUUGGAGGGCAUCGUCACCGGGUUACUAAUAUUCCUCGAAAAAAUUCCAGCUCCUCGAUACAAGAAAAUUCAUCUAAAGCCCAACGACAGACAAACAAUCAGGGUCACCGAAACAUGCCAGCAAAUCCGCCCUUUUAUCGUCGGUGCGAUCCUGCGGGGCGUGACCCUGACGAAAGAGUCCUACGAUAGUUUCAUCGAUCUCCAGGACAAAUUGCACCAGAACAUCUGCAGGAAACGAUCUCUCGUGUCCAUUGGAACUCACGAUUUGGAUACGAUAAAAGGCCCCUUUACCUACGAUGCAAAACCCCCACAAGAAAUUCGUUUCAAACCCUUGAAUCAGGAUAAGGAAUACAAUGGCCUCGAAAUCAUGGAACUCUACGCUCAUCAUGCUCAGUUGAAGCAAUAUUUACCAAUAAUCAGAGAUAGUGCAGUAUUUCCAGUUGUUUAUGACAGCAAAGGAACAAUUUUGUCAUUACCACCGAUAAUAAAUUCUGAUCAUUCAAAAAUAACGCUGAACACUAGAAAUAUUUUCAUCGAGGCCACAACCACGGAUUUAACAAAGGCAGAAAUUGUUCUAGACACUCUAGUAUGUGCAUUCAGUCAGUAUUGCAAAGAAAAAUUCACGGUGGAACCCAUCGGAGUUCUUUGGAAGUCCAAGACAAGCUCUGGUGAUGCUAGCUAUCCGAAAUUGAGCUACAGGGACGUUGAGAUCAGUAGCAAAGAGGCUGUGAAUUAUGUCGGAAUCGAUCGUUCUCCAGAGGAAGUGGCACGAUUGCUCUCGAAGAUGGGAUUGAAGACGACUGUCAAGGGGGAGGAUCUCCUCAGUGUGGAAAUUCCACCAACAAGACACGAUGUGAUUCAUCCCUGUGAUAUUUACGAGGACAUCGCGAUCGCCUGGGGGUACAACAACAUCGAGAGAACUAUUCCACAGACAUCGACCAUUGGGAAAGAAUUUCCACUGAAUAAAUUGUCAGAUCAUCUCAGGCUGGAGUUGGCUCAGGCUGGAUUCACUGAGGCUCUCACGUUCUCUUUGUGCUCCAGGGAAGACGUCUCGGGGAAGUUAGGGUGGGGUUUUGAUGAAAUUCCUGCUGUCACGAUAUCAAACCCCAAGACUCUCGAGUUUCAAGUGGCGAGGACGUGUCUUCUCCCUGGACUCCUGAAGACAAUCUCAGCCAACAAGAAGAUGCCCCUGCCCUUGAAGCUCUUCGAGGUCUCCGACGUUGUCCUGAAAGACAAAAAAUCUGAGUGCGGAGCUAGAAACGAGAGAAGAUUGUGCGCAGUCUACUGCAACAAAUCCGCUGGGUUUGAAAUCAUCCACGGGCUGCUAGACCGAGUCAUGCAGCUCCUGGAGGUCCCCUGGAGCAUCGACAAGAGUAAGGAUGGGUAUUACCUCGAGGCAGCCGAAGAUCCCACGUACUUUCCCCAGAGAUGUGCGAAAAUCAUAGUUCAUGGUCAGGAAAUCGGAAAAAUGGGAGUUCUACACCCGGAGGUCCUCCAGAAAUUCGAGCUACACCUCCCCUGCUCAUCACUUGAAAUCAACAUCGAGCGAUUCUUGUAAUUAAACAUUUUCUAAUUCCCAGGAGUCACUUGUAUUUAUUCCCCGGAGAAGAUCCAAUAAAUGGUAUUCUUUCCUCAUCUUUUCA